CUCUUCAAACUUACGUACUCCCCCAAAUUAACAUUCACACAUGCUUCACCAAAUAACAAACCCUAAUCUUCCUCACAUUUCUCUAGAAUUAUCUUUGAUUUCUAGUAGCUUCCAGCAAAGCAAAGCUACCAAUCAUGGUGGAUCAAGAAAUUUGAAAGCAAGAAAGGAACCAAACCAAAGAAAUCCCAAGAAAAGCUGCUUCACCAGGUGGGGGUGUUCAACAUCAUUGGAGCUUUACGACAAUCCAUGGAAGAUCAAGAAAAAGCUGACGACGAGCGACCUCGGGAAGCUGAACCGACUCCUCUUCGGGUCGAAUUUGCUGGAGAACCUGAUGGUUCCGGUGCUAAGCAUGGAAGCGCAAAGAGAAGCUUCGUGCGGCAUGGGAACCCCAAUUAGGGUUUGGGAUGUUGAUACCAUGUCGAUGCACUAUCUUAUUCUGAAGCGUUGGGCUUCUUUCAAGAGCUAUGUUUUGAUUGGGAAAUGGAACAAAGAGUUUGUGAGAAGAAGGGAGUUGAAAAAGGGUGAUGUUGUUGGCCUUCACUGGGAUUCAUAUCGACAAUGCUUCAACUUCUCUGUCCUUAAGCGUGCCGGUGAUCGCUAUUAACCACACAUCCCUUUGGUAACU